AUGUCUUCCCAACUUGCUUCCUUCAAGGUCCCCGAGAUCGACAAUGAGCCCAUGAGGAACUACCCUCCCAACUCUGCCGAGAGGGCUGGCCUCCAGGCCGCUGUCGACAAGAUGCUCAAGCAGGCUCCUUUCGAGGUCCCCAUUGUCAUCAACGGCGAGGAGUACAAGACUGGUGACAUUGGAUCCCAGCCCAUGCCCCACGACCACGCCAACCCUCUCUGUACCUACCACUCUGCUACUCCCGAGCUCGUCCAGAAGGCCAUCGAGGGCUCUCUCGCCGCCAAGCAGUCUUGGGAGGAGAUCCCCUGGGCCGACAAGGCCGCCGUCUUCCUCAAGGCUGCCGACUUGAUCUCUGCCAAGUACAGGUACGAGCUUAUGGCUGCUACCAUGCUUGGCCAGGGUAAGAACGCCUGGCAGGCCGAGAUCGACGCCGCCGCUGAGCUCUGUGACUUCUUGAGGUUCGCCGUCAAGUACGUUGAGGAGCUCUACCAGCAGCAGCCCCCCAGGAACUCUGCCGGUGUCUGGAACCGAGUCGAGUACCGACCUCUCGAGGGCUUCGUUCUUGCCGUUACCCCCUUCAACUUCACUGCCAUCGGUGGUAACCUUGUCGGUGCUCCCGUCAUUGUCGGCAACGUCUGUGUCUGGAAGCCUUCCCCCAUGGCUACCUAUUCCAACUACAUCGUCCACAAGAUCUUCCUUGAGGCCGGUCUCCCUCCUUCCGUCAUCCAGUUCGUCCCCGGAAGCCCCCCUGAGGUUGUCAAGCAGUGUAUCGACCACAAGGACUUUGGUGGUCUCCACUUCACCGGUUCCACCCAGAUCUUCCGAAAGCUUUGGAAGGACAUUGCCCAGAACCUUGACCUCUACAAGGGCUACCCCCGAAUUGUCGGUGAGACUGGUGGUAAGAACUUCCACCUCUACCACCCCACCGCCGACAUCAAGUCUGGUGUCGUGCAGGCUAUCAGGGCCGGCUUCGAGUACUCUGGCCAGAAGUGCUCUGCUCUUUCUCGAGUCUACGUUCCUGCUUCUCUCUGGAACAACGGCUUCAAAGAUGAGUUGAUCACCGAGACCAACAAUAUCAAAAUUGGCCCCUGCACCGAGUGGGACAACUUUACCGGUCCCGUCAUCGGCAAGCCCGCUUUCGAGAAGAUCUCUAAUAUCAUCGAGCAGGCCAAGAAGGAGGGUGGUGAGGUUAUUGCUGGUGGCUCUUGGGACAACUCCAAGGGUUACUUCAUCAAGCCCACUGUCAUCGUCACCAAGGACCCCAAGUCCGUCACCAUGGUCCAGGAGAUCUUUGGUCCCGUCAUCACCGUCUACGUUUACGAGGAUGCCGACUUUGAGAAGAUGCCCGAGCUUAUCGGUUCCACCACCGAGUACGCCCUCACCGGUUCUGUCUUCGCCAGGGAGCGAUCCGUCCUUGCCUCUUCCGCCCAUGCCCUCCGAAACCUUGCCGGUAACUUCUACAUCAACGACAAGUGUACCGGUGCCGUCGUCGGCCAACAGCCUUUCGGUGGUGCCCGAGCUUCUGGUACCAACGACAAGUCUGGUUCCAUGGCUAUCUUUGGCCGAUUCGUUUCUAUGAGGUCUAUCAAGGAGAACUUUGUUGCUCCCGAGGCGUACCAUUACCCCUCCAACCUCCUCUAA